CCAAUCCAGAGACAACAACACCCGUAACAGCUAGCUUCCAAUUAUGCCACCAAACAAAGCGAAAAAGAAAACAUUACACGACGGAAACCGCACCACCUCAUAACAAUGCUGCAAUAUAUAGUAUAUACACGAGACACAAAAAGAUGGACAACUUCAAUCGUUGAACUACUUUCACAAAAACAGAAAAUGGCAUCACCACAUGUUUUCCACUUUAGCCAUCCACAUCCUCUGCAAUGCACCACCCUACCCUCCACACCAAAUAUCGUAACCUGCUUCGGAUGCAACAUAAAAGUUAACUAUGGUGAGGACUAUUACCAGUGCAAAACAUGUGCUUUCUCUCUUCACCAUGUCUGCUACAACAUGCCCUUAAUCACAAACCACCCUUCACAUCCAACCCACGAUCUUCACCUCCUUGUUGCACCUUCAUCCAAAGCCACUCUCAACUGUGUCGCGUGUGGCCACCGUGUCACGGCCUUCUCCUACCACUGUGCUCAAUGCACCAGCUUCUUCCAUGCCCUGUGUCUUGCACUCCCUGUGUCCCUCGCAAUCACAUGCCACCCCCACAAAAUCAAGCUUGAGUUUUCACCACCCUAUGAUUUCUUCUGUGACUUGUGCAACAAGCCCUGUAAUUUCAACCACCGCUGGCUCUAUAGGUGCAGCAUGUGUGAAUUCGACACACAUAUAUCUUGUGCCCUUGAAAACCUAGAGCCCCGUCUGUUUCAAAGCCCGUCUUUUCCUCAAUCAAGCCCUCUGUUAAGGCAACAAGUGGAGCACACAAAACUCAGUGCAGGUGUGGGUGAUAGUUUCAAAGGGUAUGAGUUUGGGAUCAUGAGCUUGGUGGCGGAACAAAUUGGAGGAGAAAAUUUUGAUAGCAAAACCGAUGGAUGGGACAAGAGAUUGUACAGUAGUAGUCCAUGGAAAAAGUAUAACAGAGGUGAGAGUGAGAAGAUGAAGAAUGUUGAACUUGAAUUGCAAGAAAAAAAACUGAGCCCUGCUGAAGUUUUAUCAAAAUUAGAAGAAAGAACACCGCUUCGGGAUAAAUGGACUCCACUUUCUGAUCAUUCACCGUUUAGUUACCAAUACAGCGACUCGUGUUUUUCAAUAGAUUUGGCAAAGUCAUAUUCAGCCCAUGCACGUAGAAGUGACCAGAUAACACGAAACGUAGUAAGCAAAGAACCAUUUGUUCCAGUUAAUAAUAAGAUGAACGCAGAUAGUGAUGUUGGGAAAUCAAGCCAGAGAGUUACGAUGAAAAAUCCUAACGAAAGCCACGCUAAACGGUCUGUUCAAGACCAAACAAUUGCUAUGUCGGAGACAGGAAGAUCCAGCUGUUCUUGUUGGAGGAAAUUCCUAAACUGCUGCCCUUAGCAUUGACAACCAUGUUUGAACCACAUAAUAUGAAAACCAUAAUAAAUUAAAAAAUAAUAUUUUGACUACUAAAUUUUGACAACUUUUUCUUACAAUCUUAGGUGAUAUUUUCUAAAUGAUUCUUCAUUUUUUCACUUUUUCAUUCUCAAUAUUCUAAAACUACUUAGAAAAUGACACAUCAUAUUGUAAGAGAAAGUUGUCAAAAUUUAGUAGUCAAAAUAUCAUUGUCCUAAUAAAUUGGUUUGAAAUCUCGGAAGAACAGAAAGAUAUCGCAAGAAACUAGUCUUACAUCGUAAGACUCACCGGAAUUCGCAGAUGAGUUUCUAAUGCGGAAUUGUUGUUUUUAAAUGUUGGGUUGUAAUUGUGAAGUAAUCUAGAUCGGGUUUCAAGUAUAAUCAGAAAAGAGAUAAGAGAUUCACCUGUAAAAAUUUUCUGAUACUUAAUAGUAUACGAAUAUAGUAAUGAAUGAAAAAAAAAAAAACCUUUAUUAGCUGUAUGAUCAUGUUAUGGAUUAAGCAUGAUUGAAGAAGUUGUUGUGAACAUCCUCAUUGGUGAGGUCUUCUUAUAUGAAUCAGUCUUAAAAAUUAUUUCAAGAGGCUGAUUCAAGACUUGUAGUCAAACAUUUGACUCGUCAACGCAUAAUUUUUUUUUACAAUAGACUAAGCUUUGU